AAGCUAGAUACAGAAACAAAUAAACCAUCAAGAGAGACAUAGUUAGUGGAAUAACCAUUUUGAUUGAUUUACACGGUUUCGUUGCGAAGUCGCCGAUACAAAAAAUCUCGUCUCAAUUUUACUAAAGCGAAUUCACAAAAAAUGGCAAUGAUACUCGCAUCUACACCAAAGACGAACCAUAGUGCACACCAAGAAGAGCCACUGAAGUUUCACUAUUCGACUUGCCUCCUCUAGCAGCUCACCAGUAAAUGUUGGAUGCGUCACGGUUGAAUCAAGAUUACACCAAGGGCAAAUAAGCCAACAAUAUAUAUUUCAAAGCAACUGACAGGGGAAGUAGUUUCUUGAGCAAAGGAAGGAAUUAAUUCGCUUAAAGCAGUAAACAUUACUAGACAUAAAAAGUUUAUGCUCCGUCUGUUUAUUCGAAACGCCCGUCAAUUUACAAACACCAGGCGUUUAGUUGGUAAUCAAGUUUUUUUUCCGGUUGCAUUUUUUUCCUCUAAGCAUCAAUUGAAAAAUCACAAAAUGUCGUUUCCAUUACAAAAAUCGGAGGAUGAAUGGCGUCUGCAGCUCUCGCCAGAACAGUUCCGUGUCCUUCGUCAAAAAGCAACAGAGCCACCCGGCAGCGGUAAAUAUGACAAGACGUUUCCCACUGAGGGCUUGUUUUGUUGUGCCGGAUGUGGAGAACCUCUCUACAUUGCAAACAGCAAGUUUAAUAGCAAGUGCGGAUGGCCUGCCUUUUUUGAAGCUUUACCAGGAAAGGUGAAACGCAUUGAAGACACCAGCUUUGGCAUGACUCGCACGGAGGCUGUGUGUGCCAAUUGUGGAGGCCAUCUUGGCCAUAUCUUCAAGGGAGAAGGCUAUCCAACGCCGACAAAUGAGCGCCAUUGCAUAAACUCUGUAUCUUUAAGGUUUCAUACUGAACACACAUUCCUUGAUGGUUUAGAAGACGCCGACAAACAGGAUUAACUGAGACAUCGGUUAAUCUACUUCAAAAGUGCCCAAACAAUUAAUUGGAACAUGUAUUAUUAUUCAUUGUCAGUGACCUCCCUAGGUUGUGCAAUUAUAAGCUGUCAAAGAACGGCAGAUACGCAGAGUCGAAACGGCGACAGCCGGUGUCGCUGUCGCCAGUACGAUUGAUGAGAUAAAAAAAUCGUAAAUAGUAUAUAAAAAGUCAUUUGCGAAUUGCCGAUGUGUCUUCAUUAAGAUGGGACAUGCCAAUGAUUUAAAUUUCGUAAACGUAUGACGUCUCGCCAG